GCGUUCUCCUGGAGUUAUCUAAGGGAAGUAUAUUACAUUCCAGUUACACGUCACCGCAGCAAACAGAAGCAAGGCAUCGACACUCUGCCCGGGUUCGUGGGCUACGUUCAUCUUUUCGUCGUUCAAGAAAGGUUGUGCCGCUGACUUCCGGGAAACCGCAAGCGAUGGGCGACCAUAAUAGCGUGAAUGGUGUGACACAGCUGAGAAUCACCAACUACGACAAGUAUCUCAGCAGGCCGGCCUUAAGAAGAAAACCAUCGGCUCUCCGGGAACUCCAGAGGUAUGUUGGGUCCGGUCUGGUGUUGAUGGCUGGAGGGAUGCCGAACGGUGGACUCUUCCCCAUUGUGGAGGCGGAUCUCGUCCUAAAAGAUGGUCGGCGGUUAACAAUAGGACCACAAGAGAUGAAGGGUGCUCUUCAGUAUGGCGUCACUAAAGGCAUGACAGAUAUCAUCGACUGGUUGAGGGUGUUACAACGCCAAGUUCACCACCCCCCGACCCUCCCCCGUGACAGCACCCCACCGUCAGCUUCCAGUGACAUGGACCUCAUCAUGUGCAAUGGCUGCCAGGAAGCCAUUAGUAAGACAUUGGAAGCGGUUCUGAAUGAAGGGGACUCAAUCUUGCUGGAGGAAGCAACCUACCCAAACGUGAUGAGCGUGGGACGUCCACUCGGCGCAAAAGCAGUGUCGGUACCAUGUGAUUCAUCCGGCAUGAUACCAUCAGAACUUCAGAAAAUACUCGCGACCUGGGACACCGACAAAUGCGGUCCGAGGCCAAAGAUAUUGUACUGUGUUCCUACAGGCGGUAACCCAACCGGCGUCAAUUGGUCUCUAGACCGAAAGAAGACAGUGUAUAGUAUUGCUCGCAAGUACGACUUCUUGAUUCUGGAGGACGACCCUUACUACUAUAUCCAAUACAGCAGACCACUGACGCCCAGUUUUCUAUCCCUAGACGAAGAUGGUCGAGUAAUCAGAUGCGAUUCCUUUUCUAAACUCAUAGCUGCAGGGGCGCGACUUGGCUUCAUCAGUGGCCCAAAGUACCUCCUUCAGAAGCUUGUCCUCCACCUGGACUCUUCCGUGGCCUGCACCAACAACCUGUCACAGACAGUCAUCAUGAAGAUCCUGGUGGACAUGGGACAUGACGGCUUCCUGCGACACGGGGAGAAACUCGCGGCCUUCUACAAGGAAAGAGCUGACAAGAUGGUCGCCAUUGCUCAGACACACCUCAAAGGUCUGGCAGAGUGGUCUCCCCCUGCUGGCGGGAUGUUCAUAUGGAUGAAGCUCCUUGGGGUGAAGAGUUCCCAGCCUGUUGUCCAGCGAGUCAUCGAGAAGGGGGCAGUGUUAAUGGCUGGACAUCACUUCCUUCCCGAACCGAGGGAAACCCCCUACAUCCGCGUGUCUUUCUCGUACGCAUCAGAAGAUGACAUGAACAAGGCAUUCACCUGGCUGGCUGAGGCAUUGAAUGAAUUCCACGAAGCUAAAGGAAACAACUAAAAGGAACUUGACAAAGACAAUAAACAUCAUGAAAUAAAAAAA